AACUCCAAUUCACUAUCGGCCCUUCAGUAAAGGCAUUCGAAACGCAACCAUGCUUCGCUGGUACCAACGAAAGCUGGCCUCGCGGCCAUUAUUGACGCAGAGCGUCACCACUGCUGUGCUAUUCGCAGUUGGCGACAUCGCCGCCCAACAAGCCGUCGAGAAGAAGGGUUUGGAGAAGCACGAGAUUGCCCGCACAGGCCGCAUGUUCCUCUACGGUGGUGGUACGUUCGAGCUAUAUUCUAUUCGUGCUUUUCGCGCUUUUUUGAGCUCAUAUCAGAGCUCAAACAAUUUUCACUCGAGCUCACCGUUUCUUACUACACCUUACAUACAGCUCACCUCCUUUUACCCCACAUUGAGCUUGUCGGUCUUCGGCCCCGCAGCGACGACCUGGUACGGGAUCCUACAACGGUCGAUCCAGCUGCAGAACAAGAAAGUGGAGAUGGUAGCGCGGGUGGCGGCGGACCAGCUGAUCUUCGCGCCGACGUUCAUCGGGAUCUUCCUGUCGAGCAUGGCCGUCAUGGAGGGCGGCUCGCCCAAGGAGAAGCUGGCCAAGAGCUACGCCCCGGCGCUGCAGACGAACUACCUCAUCUGGCCCUUCGUGCAGAUGGCCAAUUUCACCCUCGUCCCCCUCGAGCACCGCGUCCUCGUUGUGAAUGUCGUUAGUAUUGGGUGGAAUUGCUAUCUUAGCAUGAUUAAUAGCCAGAAAUGAGCUGGGACUUGGUCUGGUUUGACUGUUAUGAGGGCAGGGAAGGUGGGGGAUGGGUCUGAAGAUGCUGCCGGGGUGGUGGUCGGGGCUUAGGAUAGGAUAGAAGGGGGGCGAAAAUAAAUGACGGCAUUAGAUGCAAAAACCAACAUACCUCCGGGGCCGAGGGUUCGUAAUGUGUAUUAUACACUCUUAGGAUUCAUCAGGGGGUUAAAGGGGUAGCCGCGGUGCAUAGACG